UGGAAGGAAAGAGACGUGAAGAGCGAGGCUUUGUGCAGAAAAUCACCCAGAGGAGAGGAGAGGAGACGUAAAAGAAAUCAGAAUCUCAAAAAAAAAAAAAAGACAGACAAAUUUAAUGUUUGAAAGACAGCUUCCUCCUGUCCUUCUUAUCCCAAAACUCUUUGCUUUUUCUUGCCCUCAAAUGUUUCCCGAGUCCUAAUCAGAUUUAUGCUUCCUAACCCUUUCCCUUUAUGAUUGUCUAAAUCGCUAUUUGCAAUUGUAAAUAAGUUUCGUUUUGGAAUCCACUUCGGUUGUUUAUUAUUUGAUUUCUUUUGUUUCCCCUUCUGAAUUGAGGAUCAUCACUUGCGUGAUUCAGUUGAGUUUUGCAGUUCUCUCCAGAAAGCUUGGAUUUUUCACUUCAUUUCAUAUAAAAAGCUUAAGUUUUUCAGCUAAAUUUUCGUCUGGGUUUUGCAGAAAUUCAUUUUUUUUUUCUUUUCGAUUGAGUUUCGAUCGCUUUCUGUAUGUUUCCGGGUGUUUCCUCUCCUCCGGGAAAACUCACGCUCAGGAUAACGUGAAGACGAAGCAAAUUUGUGUUUGCGUGUGUUCACUUCGUCGAUUCCGAUUCCAAUUCGUCGAAAAAGCGAUCUUCUCGAUUAAUUUUGUUCAACGAUUCUCGAGAAAAUUUUCUGGGGAAAACUCAGGAAAAGAAAAAGGUAUAAAAGAAAAUUCUUUUGGAGGUUUACCCUCAAAGCUGAGGGAACUGAAGAGUUGUGAACCCCCGGCCCCCGGGAUUAUGAGGAGAAACGGCGAUGGGUCACAGAAGCAAGCCUCCGGCGUAGGAGGCGGCGGAGUUGUCUCGCGAUCGGCCCGGAGUUCGUUUCGCGCUUUAUCUAAUUGCCUGAGGGUGAUCUCCUCCGGCGCUUCCACGGUGGCGCGCUCCGCCGUGUCCGCUGCCUCCGGCGCCGUAGACAGGGACAACGAUCCUGGUCAUGAUCAGGUUGUCUGGGCCGGGUUUGAUAAGCUAGAUGGAGCGGAUGGUGAUACACAAAGGGUACUCCUACUCGGAUUUCAUUCCGGGUUUCAAGUUUGGGAUGUGCAAGUCACCGAUAAUGUCCACGUUCUUGUUUCCAGACACGACGGUCAUGUAUCAUUCAUGCAAAUGUCACCGAACCCGAUAAGAUCGAAGGGAUCUGAUGACAAGUUUGCCGAGAGUCGCCCACUGUUGGCAGUGUGUGCUGAAAGUUACUGUGGAGAGGAUGAGAAUGUCAGGAACGCGAAUGAGCCAGGAAGCGGAAGCAGCUUCUUGCCCACUUCUGUCCAUUUCUACUCAUUGAAGUCUCAAUCAUGCGUUCAUAUACUGAAGUUCCGGUCUUUGAUCUAUACCGUUAGAUGCAGUUCCCGGAUUGUUGCUGUCUUGCAAGCAGCUCAGAUACAUUGCUUUGAUGCCACAACAUUAGAAAGAGAAUACACUAUUCUUACUAACCCCAUUGCCUCGGGCUCGGGGGUUAACGGUUAUGGUCCACUCGCAGUUGGUCCACGAUGGCUUGCCUACAGCGGAAACCGUAUUGCCAAAUCCAGUUCCGGACAUGUCAGUCCCCAGCAUCUAACGGUAAAACUGUCGGCUGUUUCAAACGGUAGUUCGGUUGCAGAAUACGCAAAGGAAUCGAGCAGACAGCUCGCUUCUGGGAUCGUGACACUUGGCGACAAGGGAUACAAGAAGCUGUCUAGGUAUUGCUCCGAAAUCCUGCCUGAAUCCUACAACUCUCUGCAACUGGGUGUUCCUGGUUGGAAAGGCAAUGCAACUCAUAAUGGCCAUCUUCCAGAUGCAGAUAGCAUCGGAAUGGUCAUUAUCAGAGAUAUUACGAGCAAAAGCAUCAUUUCGCAGUUUAGGGCGCACAAGAGUCCGAUUUUAGCAUUGUGCUUUGAUCCAAGCGGAACCCUUUUGGUAACUGCUUCGGUUCAAGGCCACAAUAUCAACGUCUUUGGCAUAAUGCCAAGAAGACUCUGCAAAAGCUCCUCGACAGGUAAUGACGUUAUGGCGUCGUCAGUGCAUCUAUACAAGCUUCAACGUGGUUUCACUAACGCGGUCAUCCAGGACAUCGGUUUCAGCAACGAUAGUAACUUGAUUAUGAUCAGCUCUUCCAGAGGGACGAGCCAUUUGUUCGAGAUAAACCCCGGAAUUGAGACGAUAACUCAGUGCGGUAAUGGAAAUCUCGCUUCUCCGAUCACUCUAUCGGCGGUUAGUAGAAUAAGGAACGGAAGCAAUGGUUGGAUGGGUACUGUGAAUGGCGCUGCAUCAGCUGCAGCUGGAAGAACAAGCUCUGUUCCCGGGGCAGUUGCAUCAACUUUCUGUUCUUAUGCCGACAAUGGCUCCUCGAUGAUGACGACGAGGACCCACCUUCUGGUUUUUUCUCCUUCGGGAUGCAUGACGCAGUAUGCGAUACGGGCAAUGGUCGAUCUUGACUGCAGGACGGACGGAUUCAGCGGUGAUUUUGACUCGGUUUUGGAAUCAGAAGGGAAGUUAGAUGUUGUACCGAUGCAGAGAUGGACGAUAUGUCAAAAAAACUCGCGAAGGGAGCCUCGGGAUCACACUGACUUAUAUGGCGGAGCCUUGGAUUCGGGUAAAGUUUUCCCGGGGGGCGUCGGAAUGAAGAACUCUGCUCUUGAAGACUCUAAGAAGGUAACUUCGAAAGGAAAUAGUACUCAGUAUCGGUUGUAUAUCUCUGAAGCGGAACUGCUGACGCAUCAACCUCGUUGUCCGCCGUUAUGGGCAAAGCCAAAGGUUAGCUUUCAAUCGGUUGCUCUGAAGGGCGUAGUAGCUCUGGACAAAGAGAACGCCACGAAAGGGGAGAUAGAUGUCGAAAGAAUCCGAACUUGCCUGAUCGAAGCGAGAUCGAAACACUUAGUUCCUGUCUUCAACUAUAUUCAACCUGUGAAAUUCCGACAACUGAGUUCCAGAGUUUUCGCCUCGGACUGCGACAGAACUACCGACUCACUUGAUGACAGGGGAUCUGAGUUCGGUUCCUCUAACUCGGAACCGCAGAUUCUUCCGACACAGAACAAUGGCUAUGUAAAUGCCCACGAUGGCCAUGGAGCAGAACCUGAGCUCUGGCUUCUGUAAAUAGCAAGGCAGAUGCAUGGAGGAAGGAGACUGUUGAUGUUCGAUUGAAACGGUGUGGUGGUUUUUGUGUGAUUAAUAUGUGUAUAUGUACGCAUGAUAUGACAUGUUUAAGAUGUAAAUAGUAAUAUUUAUUACAUACAACAUAUGUAAAUCAUGGUAUCUAUUAAUGUAUACAUACAUUAAAAGCUUCGUUUUUUUUUUGGGAAA